AUGUAUUUGGGCACUGCUGGAGCGAGAACACUAUUUUCUGUUGAAGCCAUUAAUGGACGAAUAGUACGUGCUCAUUCUCAUUUCGUUACAGAAGAAGAAAUUCUUCUUCUGCCUGGUACUCAUAUGAUAGUACAAUCACAAUUGAGUCCAGCACCUGAUCUUUAUAUCAUUCACUUGAAACAAAUCAUACCGGAGCAAACCUUACUUGCGCCUCCUUUCGAAGUAUAUCAAUGCAGUGAUCCAUAUCCAUCACCACAGAUUUCUGACACUGGAAAAUUACCAGUUACUAUAGUGUUUGGAGGUUUCACAAAUAUCAAUCAAGUUGAUUUAGCAUUGCUCAACUAUGACGAUCAAAGCGUCGAUAUACUUCUAGGUAAUGGUAAAAAUGAUUAUGAGACUGAAUUACAUUAUAAGACAGAUUUUGCACCAAGUUCUGUAUUCAACAUUGAUCUGAAUCAUGAUGGAUCCAUGGAUAUUAUUGUAACGAAUGCGGAGGCUGAAACCAUUAGCGUCUUGCUUGGUAAUCCAGACAAAACAUUUCAGACUUCGAUCGAAUAUUUUGUUGGCAACAAUCCGAUGUCAGUGACAGGAGGUUAUUUCAACAAUGAUACGCAGAUCGAUAUAUUAGUAGCAAACUAUGAUGAUGACAUGGUUAGCUUAGUGUUGGGUGAUGAAGAAGGUACAUUUUCUGAUAUUCAAAUAGCCUACGAUGUUGGCUCGCAACCUAUCUAUGUCAUAGCAGGCGAUUUUAAUAAGGACGGAAAACUCGAUUGGGCAGUUAUUAAUCAAGGUGAUAACACCGUCAGUAUAGCAGUUGCAUAUGGAGAUGGGACUUUUGAGGAUCUAAAGAGUUAUAGCGUUGGUGCAACACCAGUCUCUAUGACAUAUCAUGAUUUCAACGAUGAUGAUAAGAUAGAUUUGGCAGUGGCCAACUAUGGUGAUAAUAGUGUUAGUGUACUGUUCGGCAAUGGGGAUGGGACAUUUCAGGCUCAAAUCGUUUACGAAGUUGGUAUGAGUCCAAGUGCUGUAGUGGCAGCUGAUUUCAAUCAUGAUAGCCAUAUAGAUUUAGCAUUAAGCCUUUCGAAUGAAUCUUCCAUCGGCGUGCUGUAUGGCAAUGGUAGUGGAAGCUUUCACAGACCUUUAAAGUAUAAGGUUGGUACUUCUCCAAGUGCUAUGAGAGCAGAUGAUUUUAACAACGAUAGUAGAGUUGAUCUAGUAGUAGCCAAUUCUGGAGAAAAUACCUUCAGUAUAUUGAUUAAUGGUGCGAAUGGUACAUUUCAAAAUCAAAUUAAAUAUGCCACUGGUGCGAAUCCAGUGGCGAUAACUUCAGCUGAUUUUGAUAGCGAUAAAAUUAUCGAUGUCUUGGUGGUCAAUAAGGGAGCUGAUAGUGUCGCUUUAUUUAUAUGCAAUGGAGAUGGAACCUGUCGUGGUCGAAUGCCGUACAAGCUUCAGAAGAAAGCCAAUUGGAUGGCAACAGGAUAUGGAAACGGUGAUUUUCAGACUCAUAAAACAUUUAAAUGUGGUGCUAGCCCGAACUUUGUAAUAUCAGUUGAUUUAAAUCGUGAUCAGAUCAUGGAUCUCGUAGUGGCCAAUCUAGGUGAUCAUAGUAUUAGUAUUUUAUUGGGCUGGAGAAAUGGAACGUUUCAAGCUCAAAAGAAAUACGAUGUUGAUAGGGAACCAAGUCAUGUCAUGUCAGGCGAUUUUAAUAAUGACAACAAAAUGGAUAUAGCAGUUGUCGGUCGACUUUCGCAUAAUAUGCAAGUGCUGUUUGGUGAUGGUAGUAUGACAUUUCCAAGCCGAAAACGAUAUGGAACCAGUAGUAGUCCAGGUCCUGCGGUAGCCUACGAUUUCAACAAAGAUGGAAAGACUGAUAUUGCUGUAUUGAACAAACUUUCUAGUGUAUUAUAUAUUUUCCUAAACGAAUGUUCAUAA